CUAUAAUAUAUCUGUGUGUGUGUAUGUGUGUGUGUAUGUAUAUCGUUUCAUAUAUAACCUCAACGUCCAGAGAGAGAGAAAGUAGAAGAACAAAGAGAGAGGUCAUCCGCCAUGUCAGUCCCAAUCAGAGCAGGAGAUGGUGAAGCCAAAAAUCCGAUGUUAUCAAUAUCCUCCUCCUCCUCCUCCAGUUUGGAACAACCUCAGCGGCAGCCAUCUGGUUCUUCUUCCUUGAAGCUUCCUCAUCCUUCUCUUCUUCUUCAUAGUAACAACAAGAACAGUAACAAACUAGACGUUCCUUGGUUUUGGUCAUUGGAUGAUGAUGGUGAUAAUGUUCCAGAAGUGAGCGAUGAAGAUAUGUUCAUGGUUCCGGACGUGGAGGCGUUACGUCCUCCCAAUAAUAGUAUUAAUAAUGCGGCCUCAACAAUCGCCAAUGCCACCAGUAACAACAACCCAGAUGCCCAGUCUGGCUUUCCGGCCAAGCGCCACCGAGGCCGAAACCUGGUCGAUAAGGAGUACAGGCGGCUCAAGAGAUUGCUAAGGAACAGGGUGUCUGCUCAACAAGCCCGGGAGAGGAAAAAGAUUUACGUCAACGAUCUGGAAUCAAGAGCCAAAGAAUUGGAGGAUGGGAAUUUAAAGUUGGAAGAGAAGAUAUCUACGGUUGUUAAUGAAAACGCCAUGCUUCGAAAGGUUCUUAUGAACACAAGGCCAAAAGUAGACGAAGGUAUUGAACAAAAGCAAGGAUCAGUUAAGUAAGAGCAGACAAGCAUAAAGGAGUUCUUUUAGGCAGUUUUAGGUGAAUAUAUUUAGAAAUUUUUUAGAGAUCAAUUCCGACGAAUGUGAAUCACAGCCUUCGAUUCUCCAGCUACAUAUGGUAUUUGUGCAUCACUUAAUUUGAUAUGAACACUCAACUAGCUAGUAUGGAAGUUUUAAUGAACUUCUGUCUUCUCCCUUUUGUACCAUGUAUUUUUCAUGGAAAAUAUUUUUUUUGGAUGAAUUUCA